AUGAGAUUGGAUAGAUAUAGAGUCGAUACAAACCAAACAAGGGCAAUAAGACAAUACAUUGCCCACGAGUAUGCUGACAAGGGAACCCCGCUGGUGAUCCGAGACUCGAAGAAGAUGGCAAUUCUAUCAUUGUGGACGGAGGUGGAGGGCCAAAAGUUCGACCCAGCAUCCUCGAAACUGACCUAUGAGCUAGCUAUAAAGCCUCUGCUUAAAAUGACCACAGACGCGGCAGUAGUGGAGGAAUACGAACCCAAGUUGGCUGUGGUUCUUGAUGUUUAUGAGACAUGCCUGGCUCAGUCGAAGUACUUGGCAGGUAAAAGCUUCACUCUGGCAGAUCUUCAACCCCUUCCAACCAUACAUAACUUGAUGGGAACACAAUCGAAGAAGAUGUUUGAAUCUCGCCCCCAUGUUAGCGCAUGGGUAGCGUAUAUCACAGCACGUAAUUUGAUCUCAACUGACUUCAACUGA